CAAGCAGACCGCUGUUUCUACUUCUUCCACUCGCAGUCGAAGCGUACAACUUCAUGGACUCCUCAGUCCCCCCUUCGCAGUAGAGUCGUAGACGGCAGGGUUUUGUAUUGAAAAGGAAGUCAAGUAACACGCGUCAACGGGGGAUGUCACGUCAUCAAUCAAGGAAGAAGACCCCCAUUGUUAAUUAAUCUCUGUCCAUUCACUGUCACACUCAAAACACUGCCGCUCGGUGCAACAAAACCCUAAAACACUGCCUCCAUCGGUUACCUUAACCCCACCUGCUCCUCUCUCGAAGUAAAUCCCACCACUCGCUCUCCUGCAAUAUGACGGCAUGAUCCACCUCCUUUAACGAACACUGUUCGCCGCGACCCUCGCCUGCGGACAUUUCCACUACGGUUGUUAUCCCGUCACCAUUCAUUGAAAAUACCACUUCUGCCACCCCCGGCACUCCUCAUAUUCGCGUUUUGAAUCCCUGAGAACGACGUUACCGAGCUUUUUACACUCUCAAUUUUUCGGAUCAGUUUAUCGGGUCUUGGUUUGCUCUCGAGCUGCAGCCGAAGAAAUGGCUACCUUGAACAUGAAGAGCUAUAGCUUGUGUUCGAUUCUGAGGGGCUCUGCUCUCCAGUCUCCGCGUCCCCAUUAUAGCGAUAACUAUAGGAGGAAUGCAGAGUGGAGGUCUCCUCAAGUGGCUCUAAUACCUAAUUUUCAUCUUCCAAUGCGCAGCUUGGAGGUUAAAAACAGGACAUCGGCAGAGGAUAUAAAGUCUCUUAGAUUGAUAACAGCAAUCAAAACUCCAUACCUACCUGACGGUAGAUUUGAUCUAGAAGCAUAUGAUGAUUUGUUGAACAUGCAGAUUGUCAAUGGAGCUGAAGGUGUUAUUGUCGGUGGCACAACUGGUGAAGGCCAAUUGAUGAGCUGGGAUGAACACAUAAUGCUUAUUGGCCAUACAGUCAACUGUUUUGGAGGAAAAGUCAAGGUAAUUGGAAACACUGGAAGCAAUUCGACAAGGGAAGCAAUUCAUGCCUCUGAACAGGGUUUUGCCGUUGGGAUGCAUGCUGCCCUUCACAUUAAUCCUUACUAUGGCAAAACCUCGUUGGAGGGCAUGGUUUCUCACUUUGAAAGUGUCCUAUCUAUGGGCCCCACCAUUAUAUACAAUGUGCCUUCACGGACUGGCCAAGAUAUUCCCCCGCGUGUGGUUCACACUAUAGCCCAGAGUGCCAACUUGGCUGGUGUCAAGGAGUGUGUUGGAAAUGAUCGGGUUGAACUGUAUUCAGAGAAUAGGAUAGUGGUGUGGAGUGGGAAUGAUGAUCAAUGCCAUGAUGCUAGAUGGAGCCAUGGGGCAACUGGGGUGAUGUCCGUUACUAGCAACAUGGUUCCUGGUUUGAUGAGGGAACUCAUGUUUGGAGGAAAGAACCCUUCACUGAAUGCGAAGCUCAUGCCUCUGAUUGAGUGGCUCUUUCAGGAGCCAAAUCCUAUUGGCUUAAACACAGCUCUUGCUCAACUUGGAGUCGUGAGGCCCAUUUUCAGGCUCCCAUACGUGCCCCUUCCUCUGGCAAAGAGGGUAGAAUUUGUUGAUUUGGUGGAGAAAAUUGGCCGGGAGAAUUUUGUCGGUGAAAAAGAUGUUCAGGUUCUUGAUGACGACGACUUUAUACUAGUCCGUCGGUAUUAAUCUAUUUUUCUUGCUCUAGAUCCGUGUCUUGGGUUUAAGAGUGCCAGUUGGAGUUUUUUUGGAUUUUUUACCCAUUAUAAAGUCAUAAAUUAUAAUGCAGUUUCUUGAUGCAUUUGGUAGUUUUAACUGAUUAUGACAAUGGAUAUAUAUAUUCUUUUAAUCAUGAAAAUAUAUAUUCUUUUAAUUGGCAGUUAUGUCAAUGAA